AUGGCAUCUAUAUUUAAAGUUAAAGAUAUAUUAAACGGUCAGAAGUAUUGUGUAUCAGCAAGUAGUCUGCAAGAAUUGAAAGAUAAAGGUAAAUACUAAACAAUUUUAUCGAAACAUAUUUAUUAAAAUUGCUUGCAUGCGAGCGCGUGCGAGCAGCCGCCUAUUUUUGACGUGCUCAGUGCUUCCAUUUUCAAAAUCAAAAUUUCUCUAAAUUCCUUAGAUAGUAGGCUAUACGUUUUUUCCUUAAAAUUUUCUUGAAAUUUCAUUAGGCAGUUUGCUGUGAUUUUGUAGCGAUACAAAGGAUUUCAUUAAUUUUAAAGGUACAAAAUUGCCAAAAUAGCAAAUUUUGUCAAACUCAAACCCAAAAAAUAGUAAAUUUAUAAUUAAAGUGGAAGUCAAGUCUGCUCUGCGCAUCGGUUCUGCUCAUAACAAUGUGAGGACCCUCUAAUGUAAACAUUGCCCAAAUUUCGAAUGUUUCGAAUUUUUCUGAACAUAAACUCUAUUUCAUAUUCAUUUAGAAGCAUAGCGAACCAAAAUGGUGUUAGAUAUUCAGACAGUACAUCAUAUUUUAAAAAAUACAGCAGUUCAAAAUGUAAACAAACUGUUUGUUUACAUACGGACUUGACUUCCACUUUAAACUUUACAAACUAAAAUGGCUUGUUGUAACUUACAAGUUAAAAAAAUAACAAAUAUAAUUCAUGCACACAUUUAUCAAAAGCUCAAUUAAUCUCAGUCUUAUUCAAGUUAGAUUGUUGCCAAUUUAAAAAUCUCACUAGUUAAUUAUUCACAGUGUUUGGCGCGUAAUUGCGCAAUUCUAGUGUAAGUUUCUAUAAGUAUAGUGCAAUGUGUACUCCAUCUUUAAUACAUUUUAAUAAUUUUUAUAUUUACAAGCCAGGUUAGGAACUUCUAGAAACCAUAUGGCUUUUCAAAAAUAAGAAGUUAUAUAAAAGUAUAUAUAACUGUCUGUAAAUUAAUUUUAUUAUUUACCGUACUUGGUUUUUAGGACAAACAAAACUGUCUUUAAAAUGUAAACCUGAGGAAAUUAAGGUCAUGCUUGAAGACGAAUCAAUUAUUGAUGAUGAAGAGGUUUUCAGUUCAAUUCCAGCCAAUACAUGCUUUGUGUUGAUGCAUGGUGAAAGCACCACAUCGAGACUCCAAACAGAACCUAUAUUUCACUCCCAGCAGCGCCGGUUAACAUUGGAGGGAGGUCGUCUUCAAUUAAGAAACCCAUCUGAACAGGUAAAUAUGUUUUGGUGUAAAUAUUGCUUUUUCAGAUUAUUAUUUAUAAAAUCAAUAUGCUAAUUAAAUUAUUAAAUCAAUUAGUCUUUUCCCAAAAAAGAUCACAGUGCAUUCUGCGAUUGUUUAGGGGGACUAAAAAUAUGGUGACAGGCAUCAAAUAUUGAAAGAUUUGAAGUAUCUACUAUCAAUUGCAAAUAUCAACUUCUUACAUGACCAAAAGUGAAACAUCUUCUUUUUACAUUGAACAUUUAAUUUAAAUGUGUGCUUCCAUAUUUCUUGUCCCUCCAAACGCGACUAGACCCAGGACUUUGGGAAAUGGCUGAUUGUCAAUUUUAUUGUUUCCCUUUAAAUUUUAACUAGGAAAUGUCUAGUGGAGAAGGAAGUGACAAUAUAAAUGUAGUUGAGAAAGCAAAGAUAUAUAAGAAUCCAAAGACAGAGUAUGAAGAAGCUGUUAAUGAUGCAGCUGUACACAUUGCAUUGCAAGACUCAGCUGCCUUGUUGGACAGAGGUAUAUCUACAUGUAGGAGGGAGAUUUUCCCUUUUAUAAUUAGAACCAGUUCAGCUCGAAGUAAAAAACAGUGCUUCUUUUAUGCAGGGGUUUAUUGUACUUGCUUCAGUUAUACACGUGUAAAAACGCUCAGGUUGUUGCACGUUGUCAACAACAUUAAACAAUAUUGUGCUGCACCCUAACAAUAUUGUUGAAACAAUGUAGAACAUCAUUAUUAUCAUGUGAACAAUGCUUGUUCAACCAUGUUAACAUUAUUGUUACAACAUUGUUCAUUGAACACUAUUGUGACAACCUGAUCCAUUUUUGCUUGUGUAUUCCAAGGUUUUACAGGGCAACCAGUCAACUUGAAAGGACAAAAAGUUGAAAAAUCAGUGUUAUUUUUGUUUCAGGCAAGCUUUAUAAACAGGCAAAAGAAAAUGUUAGGGAGAGUGGAUAUAAAUUUAAGAAGGGUUUUUCAAGAUCGAAGAGUGCAAGUGACAACAGUAGUGAUGAUGGAAACAAAAGAGCUAAAAUAAACAAAGAGGAAAGACAGAAUGAGAUAAAGCACAUCGAAACAAUGUUGACCAAUGUUGAAAGCCAAAUACGAAUGAAAGAGAAUAGAAUGGAAAAAGCUAAGUCGGUGAAAGAUUUCAAGCUAUGCGACCAACUAAUUGGCGAUGUAAGAGCCCUUUUACGGGAAAAACGUGAAUGUGAGAAACAGCUAGCAGCCCUCAAGAAAAUGGAAGAAAAGUCGAAGUGGUACCACAAACGAAAAUCUAUCAAAAGUCAAGAAACGCUCAGCUCACCUCCACCAAAAAUAAAGAAGGGGUCAGAUUUGUCCAGAUUCUUCAAAGAUCACACUGAAGAUGCAGGUAACCGUGAUGACGACGUUAUGUUGCAGCCUGAUAAAUCACAACAACUACAACCUAAUAAUCCUGUCUCGAUUGUUAUCGAUUUGCCAGACGAUUCAGAAGCUAAUACCCAAAAUCCUGAUUCGAACGAUAGCGUUCUUAAUACAGAAGACGUUGACUGUGGAUCAAGUUCGCAUUCUGGUGCAAGCGCUGAUACUAUAUUAAUAGGGUCACCACCGUCAAGCCCUAUUCUCUCAACCCAACCUUUUUAA